AUUAAAAGGGAAUGGUGGAGAGAUUUUAAAGGUUCUCAAUUCCCAGCCGCUGGGGUAGUUUUCCAACUAGGGAUUUCAAAGGUUCGCCCUCGGCAAUUUUUAACCCACACAAAAUAAAAGGGAAAGGCGGAGCGAGAGAGUGAGUGUGUCCAUUGAGAUCCGAUGAGCCUCGGCGUCGUCCCUGGGAACGAUUCCUCCGCCCUGCGGCGGACCUUCUCCUUACCCCUCCGCCGCUCCACCUCUUUAACUAUUCGACUUGGCGGUGGGCCCUUCCAGCUGCCGCUUCCUCGGUUUCGAGGCGCCUUGCGGCGGCGGCUCUCCUAUACCGGUCCCCGCGCUUGCGUCGCCGUGGGAGAAGGGGCUAAGGCGCGAGAGAACUUCUAUGAGCUUCUGGGGAUUCCUGAGAGCGGCAGCUUCGACGAGAUCAAGCGAGCGUACAAGCUGAUGGCCCUAAAAUACCACCCAGACGUGUCGCCGCCCGAUCGGACGGAGGAGUACACGCACCGGUUCAUUGAGGUGCAGGAGGCCUACGAGACUCUCUCUAAUCCUCGCCUCCGCGUGCUCUAUGAUCUUGAUUUAUCGCGGGGGCUCCAUCUUGCUUUCUCCGCUCGGAGGCGGGUCGAUGAGGAAGUGGAGGAGAGAUCUGGCUGGAAAAGCCGUUGGCAAGAUCAGCUCUCAGUAUUGAAGAGGAGGAGCAGGGAAAAGGAUUCCGAAGGUAACUUGUCUUGGGGGGCUCGAAUGCGAAGGCAAUGUGCUGAAUCAUCACAUGACUAGAGCUAUGUUUGCAUGUGUAAUUCUAAUGUUAAAAUUUCUGCUUGCGGGGAAGGGCUUCACAUGCCUUGGUUACAGAUUCAGCAUAUGUUCUACGGUCUUAAAAUAAUUAGCUGGCUAAGGCUCUAAAGUGGCGAAAAGAUGGUGGAAGAAAGAACUGUGUUGUUUAUAAUGGAUGGUACUUUUAUAUUAAACUCUGCACGUCGCAUUUGUAGUCUUGAGCUUGCUUGCUUAAAGUCAUGACAAGGUGGAAGAUAAGUUUGGUUGAUUGGUAGAAAUGGUUAGCUUUUCUUUUCUCUUA